AAUUGAUCAGAGCAUCGAGAUUAUCGUGUGUGGGAUUAAAUGCAUGAUUUCCACCAUUGCAAAGACAUUUUCUCCAUCCUUUUGCGAAUCGGUGAAUAUCCGCGGUGUUUUAUGGAGGUUGUGCGCGCUGGCGUCAGUGUCCGCAUCUUUCACUCGUUCGGACGGUUCUCUCGGAUUUAAGGGUUUUUUCUCCUUUGCUUUUGCUGAUCUAAAGGCGGAUCAAUCUGACUGGAAUUAAAUCAGGAUAUAGUUGUGUUUCUGAAACAUGGCAGGCACCGUCUCCAUCAACACGAGGGCCGACGCUCCGACAGAGAAGCCAGCCCAACAUCAGGAUCAACAGAAGGAGCUCGCCUGAGGAUCCGUGCGUGUUUGGAUUAACACAUUUGUGAGGAUUACACCUUUGCUUCCUGCUGCUUUCACCAUGUUUCGUCUCAGAAUGAUCCUUCGGGUCGUCUCUGUGGUUUGGGGAGUUACACUCGUCGUUUGUCAGCAAGCACAGUUCACCACCGUCACCACAAACUACGGGAAGCUGCGUGGAUUGCAUGUGGCGCUGCCCAGUGAGAUCCUGGGCCCCGUGGAGCAGUAUCUGGGGGUCCCGUAUGCGAUGCCCCCUACUGGACAGCGGCGGUUUCAGGCCCCGGAGCCACCGGCGUCGUGGCCCGGCAUCAGGAACGCCACGCAGUUCGCUCCGGUGUGUCCGCAGUAUCUGGAGGACCGGCUGCUGCUCACAGACAUGCUACCGGUGUGGUUUACCGCAAACCUGGACACGGUCGCGUCGUACGUACACGAGCAGAGCGAAGACUGUCUGUACCUCAACAUCUACGUGCCCACGGAGGAAGAUGCGCAUGACGACACGGGCUUGAAGCCGGUCAUGGUUUAUAUUCACGGCGGCUCGUACGUCGAGGGGACGGGGAACAUGAUCGACGGCAGCAUCCUCGCCAGCUACGGAAACGUGAUCGUCGUCACCGUGAACUACCGGUUAGGAGUGCUAGGUUUCCUCAGCACUGGCGAUCAAGCAGCCAAAGGGAAUUACGGUCUGCUGGAUCAGAUCCAGGCUCUGCGCUGGGUGAAGGAGAACAUUCAGGCUUUUAACGGUGAUCCGGAGCGAGUGACCAUCUUCGGCUCCGGAGCAGGAGCCUCCUGCGUCAGUCUGCUGACCCUCUCGCACUACUCUGAAGAUCUGUUUCAGAAAGCGAUCAUUCAGAGCGGGACGGCUCUCUCCAGCUGGGCCGUCAACUACCAGCCGGCCAAAUACACGCGCAUGCUGGCCGAGAAGGUUGGCUGCAAUGAAGACGACACGGUCGAGCUGAUCGAGUGCCUCCAAAAGAAAAACUACAAAGAGCUGAUCGAGCAGAACAUCACCCCCGCCAAAUACCACAUCGCCUUCGGACCCGUGAUCGACGGAGACGUCAUUCCGGACGACCCACAGAUCCUCAUGGAGCAAGGAGAGUUCCUGAACUACGAUAUAAUGCUUGGAGUCAACCAGGGCGAAGGGUACAAGUUCGUGGACGGGAUCUUAGACAGCGAGGAUAGAGUAACGAGCAACGACUUCGAGUUCGCCAUAUCAGAAUUCGUCGAUCACUUGUACGGCUACCCGGAAGGAAAGGACACCCUGCGGGAAACCAUAAAGUUCAUGUACACGGACUGGGCAGACAGGGAAAACCCGGAGAUGCGGCGGAAAACGCUGGUCGCACUUUUCACGGAUCACCAGUGGGUGGCGCCGGCCGUGGCUACAGCGGACCUGCACGCGCAGUACGGAUCGCCCACGUACUUUUAUGCCUUUUAUCACCACUGCCAGAGCGAUAUGAAGCCAGCCUGGGCCGAUUCGAAAGCGAUCAUUCAGAGCGGGACGGCUCUCUCCAGCUGGGCCGUCAACUACCAGCCGGCCAAAUACACGCGCAUGCUGGCCGAGAAGGUCGGCUGCAAAGAAGACGACACGGUCGAGCUGAUCGAGUGCCUCCAAAAGAAAAACUACAAAGAGCUGAUCGAGCAGAACAUCACCCCCGCCAAAUACCACAUCGCCUUCGGACCCGUGAUCGACGGAGACGUCAUUCCGGACGACCCACAGAUCCUCAUGGAGCAAGGAGAGUUCCUGAACUACGAUAUAAUGCUUGGAGUCAACCAGGGCGAAGGGUACAAGUUCGUGGACGGGAUCUUAGACAGCGAGGAUAGAGUAACGAGCAACGACUUCGAGUUCGCCAUAUCAGAAUUCGUCGAUCACUUGUACGGCUACCCGGAAGGAAAGGACACCCUGCGGGAAACCAUAAAGUUCAUGUACACGGACUGGGCAGACAGGGAAAACCCGGAGAUGCGGCGGAAAACGCUGGUCGCACUUUUCACGGAUCACCAGUGGGUGGCGCCGGCCGUGGCUACAGCGGACCUGCACGCGCAGUACGGAUCGCCCACGUACUUUUAUGCCUUUUAUCACCACUGCCAGAGCGAUAUGAAGCCAGCCUGGGCCGAUUCGGCUCACGGAGACGAGCUUCCGUACGUUUUCGGCAUUCCCAUGAUUGGCCCCACAGAUCUCUUCAACUGCAACUUCUCCAAGAAUGACAUAAUGUUGAGCGCCGUGGUCAUGACGUACUGGACGAACUUUGCCAAAACUGGGCGCAUGCUGGCCGAGAAGGUGGGCUGCAACGAAGACGACACGGUCGAGCUGAUCGAGUGCCUCCAAAAGAAAAACUACAAAGAGCUGAUCGAGCAGAACAUCACCCCCGCCAAAUACCACAUCGCCUUCGGACCCGUGAUCGACGGAGACGUCAUUCCGGACGACCCACAGAUCCUCAUGGAGCAAGGAGAGUUCCUGAACUACGAUAUAAUGCUUGGAGUCAACCAGGGCGAAGGGUACAAGUUCGUGGACGGGAUCUUAGACAGCGAGGAUAGAGUAACGAGCAACGACUUCGAGUUCGCCAUAUCAGAAUUCGUCGAUCACUUGUACGGCUACCCGGAAGGAAAGGACACCCUGCGGGAAACCAUAAAGUUCAUGUACACGGACUGGGCAGACAGGGAAAACCCGGAGAUGCGGCGGAAAACGCUGGUCGCACUUUUCACGGAUCACCAGUGGGUGGCGCCGGCCGUGGCUACAGCGGACCUGCACGCGCAGUACGGAUCGCCCACGUACUUUUAUGCCUUUUAUCACCACUGCCAGAGCGAUAUGAAGCCAGCCUGGGCCGAUUCGGCUCACGGAGACGAGCUUCCGUACGUUUUCGGCAUUCCCAUGAUUGGCCCCACAGAUCUCUUCAACUGCAACUUCUCCAAGAAUGACAUAAUGUUGAGCGCCGUGGUCAUGACGUACUGGACGAACUUUGCCAAAACUGGAGACCCGAAUCAGCCGGUUCCUCAAGACACAAAGUUCAUCCACACUAAACCGAACCGCUUUGAGGAGGUGGCCUGGUCUAAGUACAACCCUAAAGACCAGCUGUACCUGCACAUCGGCCUGAAGCCUCGCGUCCGCGACCACUACAGGGCCACCAAGAUUGCCUUCUGGUUGGAGUUAGUGCCGCACCUACACAACAUCAACGAACUCUUCCAGUACGUUUCAUCGACGACCAAAAUCCCACCUCAAGACACGACGCCGUUCUCCUACACCAAACGCCUCUCCAACAAACUCUGGCCUUCUACCACCCGCCAUCCGCCCGCUCUAGGAUGUUUCUGGGUGGUUGUUAGAGUGUUGUUAUGCAGUUACUAG